AUGAAGUCGUAUCAAGUGUUUGGGCUGCAACUAUUGGUAUUGAUACUCGCGCUCUCCGAAAGUCUUCUUCACCGUCGAGUACUUAAUGAAGAGCUCAGUCCAGAAACCACGGUAUCUUCCAGCUACAGCACCUUGCACCUGUCAGCCGGAUUGCAUCAUGUUGAUAAUGCCGACACGAGUAUAUCCACUUCUGUGCUCGUCACUCCAGAACUAGUCCCGUCCGAGGACCGAAACCCCGCGUCACCAAACACACACGUCGCUUACAACUGCACGUCGACGUCUUCCAUCUGGAACCUUCAGCAAGACUCUAACGUGUUAAAAUUGGAGAGUUUCGAAACACUAAAUGGCGAAUUCGCAGCGGUUGCAAACAUUUGGGCCGUGGGCUGCGACGAAUUACUCCAAUCGUCAGUGAACCGCGUCGUGAUCGGCAACUCCUUUUUCGGAGCUUUGUUUGAUAGCUCAGCUACGUAUUUCUACGUUAAGAGUGCCAGACACUCCACCCCCGUGUCCACAACAGAGGAAUGUCAUGUGAGGCUGGAAAUGGCACAGGCAACUUUCGCUCAGGUAUACCCAGACUGCAGAAUCAAAUUCCACACCACCGAUAUUGCGAAUCUCAUUCAGACGCAGUCGGUGGAGUAUGUCGCUGUUAUGGAACAUCGACGAAAGCUUGAGGCUAGUUCCUUUGGAUUCGUGAAAGAUUCUAAUUGCAGUUAUGACUGUGGGGGAGAAAGCGAGAAUGGUGAGAUUGACGUCGAUAAGUGUUGGGCCAAGAACAACGAGAAGUGGACGAAAGUGCAAUGUAAAGUGCAGUUCUACGAGCAGAACAGUAAGUGCAGUACUGAAUGCGGCUAUGACGAUACACUGGCUCCAAACCAAUGCUACGACUGCUCCUCUAGCGAUGGUCCGUGUGGUUCUGGGUACAACUCGACCGACGAAGGGUGUUGCCGAAUUUUAAAGUGCGAGGCCGUUGAUGGCACAGCAAUUACAAGUCCAGGGACGUUAUCAUGGAAUCUGAAAGACGACGGACUGACUGUGAGCAACAGCAGCUAUUCGAUCUUCGAAACGGGAAAUUGUUCCAACACGUCCGAUCCAUCAACAAACUGCUGCCGGAUUACCUGUGAGAAUUGCUUUCUGAAUGUGUCAGUAGCGUCGAUGUUUGCCGACGUGGAGGUCGUCGGUGCAUCGAUCAAAGAGGCCAUUGAGAUGGAGUUGACCGGUCAUGCUAACCUCCAGGUGGCCCUGUACGCACCAAAUGGCUGUACUUUGGAUGAGACAACGCGGCUCAAGAAUGCCAGCUUCAUUAUUCCGUUGGGUUCAACAGGGAUCAGUAUUGAUAUUUCUAUGGGGCUGGAUCUGCGCAGGAAACUCUCUCUACAGCCUCAUGGGUCCAUCGCAACUAUCGGAGCGACCACUGACUUACAGAGUCUCACGGCAGGCUCACUUCGUUCCGAGAGUUUCUACGAUAUACAGAUUACGCACAAUAUAUCGAACAAGCUGGCACAAAGCAGCAUCGAUCUGGAGAUGGAGCUGGAGCUGGUUCCCUCGUUCCAAGCAUCUCUGUCACUGUUAAAAGGUCUUGCACGCGUUGGUGUCAAGGCAGAAUUUCUGGUCUUUCUCGAGCUUAACAGCACAUUCCAAUUCCCUGAUCCGUUCCCAGCUCUCACAUCGAGAUAUCUUGAUGAUACGUCGUUGUGGCACGGAGGUAAUUGUCAACUACCACAUUACAUGGAAUACAACUGCAACGCCGGCUACGGAGAAGUCAAUAUUUCCAUCCCGUUGUCCGCCAAAAUACCAGCCAUCGGUAAUACAACAAAGGAGUUCGACGUCGUGACGUCUUCGAGCCGCUCCAGCUUCAGCCUCUUCAGUGGAUGUGUAGCUACCGCAUACGACGCUGAAAUCCUCUUAUCGACGGCCAUCAACACGGUUUUAUCGCUAUCGGAGAAGCACAAACAAGCACUGAAAUCAAUUCUUGCAUGGACACUCGGCAUGACCGACAUUGGUCAAGAUUUUGUCAACAUCACGUCAGUCUCCAAUACCACAGGAGAAAUUUACAUCACGCUGUCUGUGCCGCCGUCACUUGGUGAUAUUUACCCAAAUGCAGCAGAUUUUGCCUCCGAAGUUUAUCAGCGGGCGAGGAAUGAAACAUUUGCCACGAUGGUCAGUAACUACGCCGGAGUGAAAAUUGGAGCCCAAUGCGACAACAACUGGUGGGGAGUCCAGUGUGACCAGGCUUGCAGUACUCAAAACUGCACUAGUGGGAACAUCACUUGUAAUGCCGUGGAUGGGGCUAUAUUAUCGUGUGGCUCGUGUAAUGUUGGACACUGGGGAGCAACUUGCGAGAAUGUGUGCCAAGUACCCGGCGAUUGUGCUAAUGUGCGUUGCAACCAAGUCACCGGAGCUGAAGAAGAGUGCGUGGAAUGCGAUGAAGAAGGGUCAUGCAGCGAUAUUUCAGCAGCAUUCGACCAAAAGCUAGCUAAUCCUGCUGUAUUUGGUAUCGUAGGAAUCACUGUGAUCGUCUUCUUCUAG